UGCGCCGGAAGUAGACAAGGCGGGAGAUUGAAAAAAAAAGUAAACAAGCCGUAGUUUCCAGAGGAGGUGUAAACUGUCCUGUUACACCAGAAAUUUGCCAGAAUGAUCAAGAAAGCACCCAGAAGUCAGUUAAAAGCUUUGAUAAAGACGAAAGCGAAGAGCAACGUCAACCUGAGGCCGGCGGCAGACGCAAUGGUGGAGCUGGUCAUUCUGCUGUUCCUGAACGGCCUGGCGGAGGAGGCCAGGGCCACAGCUGUCGAGGACAGGUCCGCCACCAUCAGAGCAAAACACUUGAGAGCCGUCUCCAAGAAAAUGCUGAAAAAAGCAAGAGGAUGAAGAGAGAAGUGCAUCUUUUUUUAUCGCUCUGGUGAUUAUCAAGGAUGUGAACCCCCGAAGUCUUUUUUUUUUUUUUUUUUUUUUUAAUGAAAUAUUUGUUAUUUUACUUUAUUUGGAGGAAAAAAAGUUUUGUUUGUUGUAUAUUUCAUAUUAUUUUAUUUCUUGUGCCAGUAGAGGCGCUACAUACUGUAUAUAGUCACAGCAGUUUGUUGUUUGUUAUUAAACUCUUGAAUCUCAUGAUAAGUUGUUAAUAUCUCAUGUUAUGGAGUGAUUGCAGAUGUGGAGCAGAAUUCAGGAUUCAAGUCGUGCGUCAUGUCUCACCUCUCACAGCCCUCCAACUCACAAUGCAAAGAACUGUGACACUCCCAUUUUAGGCUUUUUACAGGUGUGUGUCUUUAAAUUUUCAGG